AUGGCCAUCGCAACGGGUAUCCCAGGUCUUGAAGUCACUAUCGAGGUUGACGCGGCAGCACUACCGGAACACCAACAUGGGAUCAUCGAAGAUGAUGAGGUUGCGACCUCUACAUCAAGGUACAUUGAAGCGCCAUCAGCUGCCAACUUCUCCAUCCGCUAUUUGUUUCGUCCUCCUUUCGCCCCGCCCUCGGCAGUGCAAAUGGAUGUGUUGCUAGACGGUGACUACGUGCAAGCUCCCUUCGUCGAGUGGGGUGGCAAGGAAGAGUGCGAGGGGUAUCUUUGUUCACGAUCCACUUCGUCGACUGGCGGACACAGCUUUACUCAGGGCUUCCACUUCGCUGAGCUGAAGACCGAUGAGACCAACAUUCCCAUGACCAAGGACCUCGCGGAUCGUCUGUCACCCAUUGGCCGCAUUGUGCUUUACUUCUACUUCAUCGAGCAUCUGGAAGCAGUGAAACCCGCAGAAGUGCCUCAGCUUGCUAGUAACAAGUUUGAUGUUCUCAGCGAGAAAGCAUUACACAAGGCGGCUGCGAUGCAGGGCGAUCAGCUAUCUCAUCAAACUAGGUAUGCGCUUUCCCACGCAUUACGAGGGAGGAUGAUCGCUGACAUGGUCGCCAGUUUCACAGCACCCGAGCAACGUGAUACCAUCACUUACAACGAGGUCAAGACGACUGAAAACGAGCCUUUCGCAACGUUCAUCUUCUACUAUAGGUCGACAGAUGCGCUCAAGUCCAUCGGCGUCAUCCCGCGUACUCCAAGCCCAUCGCCGGAGCCAGAAUCAGAGGUUGAAGACAGGGACCCAGAAGAUAUGACCGAGGAAGAGUUGAGAGCUGUGGUUAGAAGCAUGCGCGAGAAGAACCAGAAAGCAAUCGUUAUCAAGCGUGAACGCGAGGAAGAGCGAGGAGGCAGUGAGGAUACCCUAGUUGAUGAUGAGGUCGAGUGGAUUGGUAGCCAGCCGGCACAUCCGAUCGUGAAGAAGAUACGUCGCGCUCCUGGUCCUGAUGAUGAGGUCGUGGCUCUUGAUGAUUGA